GCCGGAAGAGUGGCGAUAACAGUCGGACCAGCACGAAGCUCCCCGAUGCAGCUCGCGCCAUCUUGAACGAGGAGACGGUCCAUUUCCGGUCAAGUUCGCAAGUCUACUGAGCAGGCCAUAGUCCAAAGCAGUGUCUCCGAGACCUUGGUUGAAGAAUGAAGAUGACCUUCACAAGGAAGUCGUCAGCGACUGGCGACGCGUCCAACGCGAAACUCGUCCGAUGUGCUUGUAGAUUCAUCCCGUUUUGCGCGACCAGGGAAUACUUGAGCAAACGCCUCGAAGACUGUUCAGCCUGUCGGCCAAUGAUCAACGGGACACUUAGAGCUUCUGGAACUAUUGUGCUAGGCCCAUACACGCACCCUGCUCUCCUCUCCUUUCCGUGGAAGCUUCUGUCCUCUUCCGAAUUACCGUGUGGAUGACGCGCAUUGGAUUUGGAUGACUAGCAGAGAUUUCUUGAUCCUCUCCGCUCGUGGAAUGUGGAAUGUCUGUGCUAUGUCUUCGAGCAGAGGUCUGCAGUCAGAGAUGGCUUAUUCCACUUGUGUGGAUGUAUGGACAGGGCAUGCACAUUCCAGAGAGUAGAGUGAAGUUGCUGGCUGAUCAAGCUGACACGGGAAGGAGCUAUCAUUGCAUAUGGGCUCGCCGGCAUUCCAGUCCUCACUCAGCUUCAGCCAGCAGCGCACUCGGUGCAAGAGCCAGGCAAGACGGUGGUAGGCACCCUCUUGCGAUGACCCAGGAAUCAAAUCGACUUCUCGUCACGCCGAGACCCUCUCUACAGCCACGAAGCAGGACCACUGGCACUCCGCCGUGGAAACAUCGUAUGUGUAGUCUUAUCUGAGCAAUCGUGGCCUCAUUUCUCGUCCUUUGUCUUUGUUCAGCGCUCAGCCCUGAAUUGGAGCCUUCUAGAAUGAUGAAUCGAGGCCUUGUCGUGCGGAGCUUGUUCAGAUGACCCACGUACGUCUCCGUCGAACAUCCUCGGGGGCGGCAGCCGCUCACAAGGAAUAGGUUGGACCCGCAGACUCUUGGCCAAGGGCAGCAAGGAUGACUGCACUGAGCUGCACUAUCCCAUGCGCUCAGAGGCCUCUCUUUCUCUCGUGCCGGCUACCAUUUUCCAUGGCAUCCUCGAAAACUAUUUUCUUGUGCUGCCAGGCUGUCCAGGUGAUUCUGUAUCGCUCAAAAUGAUGUUGUCCCUUCCCACGCAAUCUUGACCGAGCAAUGGCAAAUAAGGAGCUCGCACGCGCGACUGCCCGCGAGCGUGCGUACCAGAAUAUCAAUGUCUGGGCCCGGCCGACCCUCGUGCACCAUUAGAACCUUUCGUCUACAUGCCCUGGGCGGCCAAUCGGUAUCUGUCAUUCUUGAUCUUGGUCUCUCACUCGGCGAGCUCCGUUCACGAGCGUCAUGGAGUCAUCGACAGAUCUCGAGACCUCAUCAGUCGACCGGGAGCUAACUACAGUGCCCCAACUCCUUUUGUAUUCCAUCAAGAUGGUCAAAUUCUUGGAUAGCGUCACAUCUGGUCUGCCGAUCUACCCUUGGGAAUAUCGUCAACCUCUUGAAGCACCAUGAUCUUCGGGGUCGUCGGCAAGAC